GCUCCGCGCCACGGCAAGGGAGGAGGGCGAGCGCGCAGUCCCAGCCCAGAGCUUCAAAACAGCCCGGUGGCCGCGCGUCGCGCCCCAGCCCGUCCGUCCGUCCAGCCGCCAGCGCCUGCGUGCGUCUCUCUCUGUCUCUCUGGGCUCUAAGCGCGACUCCUCGCCCCGCCGUGCCCGGUGAAAAUGUUGGUGCUUCUGGCUUUCAUCAUCAUCUUCCACAUCACCUCUGCCGCGCUGCUGUUCAUCGCCACCAUCGACAAUGCCUGGUGGGUAGGAGAAGAGUUUUUUGCAGACGUCUGGAGAGUGUGUGUCAACAACACGAAUUGUACAGAAAUCGAUGCGAGAUAUCAGGAUUACCCCACAAUGCAGGCAGUCCAGGCCACCAUGAUCCUGUCCACCAUUCUCUGCUGCAUCGCCUUCCUCAUCUUUGUGCUCCAACUCUUCCGCCUCAAGCAGGGAGAGAGGUUCGUGCUGACCUCCAUCAUCCAGCUCAUGUCAUGCCUCUGUGUCAUGAUUGCGGCUUCCAUAUACACAGACCGGCGUGAAGACCUUCACAAGAGCAACUUCGAAUUCUACCACCAAGUUCAGGAAGGCAGCUACGGCUACUCCUUCAUCCUGGCGUGGGUGGCCUUCGCCUUCACCUUCAUCAGCGGCCUCAUGUACCUGAUCCUGAGGAAACGCAAAUAGAAGCCCGGGAGCGAGGUCGCUUUUGCUGCAGUACAAAAAUCUACGUUCAGAUAACCGUUUUGUAUAUAAUCAAUUUUUUGUGUGCGGUUUUUCUAGCAAACAUAUUGUUUCCUUUAAAAGCCAAAAAGAAAAAAAAAAAAAAAGAGAGAGAA